UUCAAAAAAUAAAAACAUUUGAAAAAUAAAUAACAAAUAAUACAAACAUUGGAUCAGUUUUUUUGUUUUGUUGACCACCGCUGCUGAUGAAGAAUACAUAAAAAACAAUGUCUUUUACUAAUAAUUUGGACACCGAUUGUCACCAACGAAUUCGGGCCAACACCACGAAGUGGAGCAACAAUAUCGGCGACUAUUCGAUGAUUGCGGCCAUCGGUAAAGGAUCGUUUGGUCAGGUAUUCAAAGCGGUACACAAAUCGGCGGACAAUAACAACAACAACAACAAUCACCGUACGAACUGGUCAUCUGAAGACUGUCACCAACGCCAACAACAACAAUACUGUGCCAUCAAAUCGAUUGAUAAGAAAUCGUCGCCAAAUUUAGGCAAAAUCUUGACCGAAGUGUCCAUUCAUUUGCGUCUGAAGAACGACAAUAUAUUGCAAUUGUUUAACGUUAUCGAAGACAAUCAGUCAGUCUAUUUGGUUCUUGAACUCUGUUCCGGCGGUACUUUAGGCCAAUUGAUCCAGAAGUACGGCGGUGUCAAACACUACAACAACAAGAAUAAGAAGACAACGCCGCCGACGAUGACGACGACGACGACAAACGGUUUGGACAAUCGUAUCGUUCAACCGGUUCUCGACUAUCGACUGAUUUCAACAAUAAUGAAACAACUGUGCAAUGGUUUGGAUUAUCUUCACCGUAACGCCAUUGUCCAUCGGGAUCUGAAUCUUAACAAUAUAUUGAUUGUACGAUCGUUUGAUUGUGUGGGCGAAUUGGCCAUAAAAAUUGCCGACUUUGGUCUGGCCAUUGAUCUAAAUACAAAUUCAUUGCAACAUUUGACGAAACCUCAUCGCGACGAUCACGUAAUGCCAGUACCAAUUGGGACCACAAUUUGCGGUACUCCUGGUUUUAUAUCGCCCGAAGUUUGGUCACAAAUGCAAACUGUUUCGGCGAAAAGCGAUAUUUUCAGUUUAGGAUCAAUACUAUUCUCAUGUAUUGCCGGUUAUACACCUAAAGGAGCACUGGAUUUAAGUAACUUUUCGACGAUUGCCUGCGAUCUGAUAUGUCGUUUGUUGGCUCCCGAUCCCAAUGAUCGGCCGACCAUUGAUGACAUAGUUAAACAUCAAUUAAUUGUCGGUCCGCUGCAAACCCAGCGGUUGCAUCCGAUAAGUAAGAUAACCGAUAGUCUAGAGUUGAACAUCAAUGGCGACGGCAGUGUUUUUAUUAGAUUCAAAAAGAAGUGCCAAACAAUACAAGUAUCACCCGAUGGACUCAAUGUUGUUAUUGCCAGUACUGGUGGUAGUAGUGGUGGCGGUGGUUGUAGUGGAGGACAGCAACAAAUAAAACAAAAAGUCUAUAAUUAUUAUAGUUUACCGCAAAACGAGUGGAAAAAAUACAAUUACGCACAAAAGUUUGUCCAAUUGGUUAGAGCGAAGACACCGAAGGUUACAGUCUAUCCGAAAAAUGACGACAAAUCUAAUAAUAAUAAUAAUAAUGAAUAUAUCUUGAAGUCAUCGCUGAUGGAAAACUCUGACUUUGAAGUAACCAUUUUUAACUCGACUACCAAUGAAAGUAAAAAAGUUUUAAUCAAUGAUUUCAUGAAUAAUAAUAAUAAUAAUAAUACGUUAAAACUCGCAAAGUUUGGCCAACGAGUCAAACAAUUGUAUGAGUUUUGUUUGAAAACGGAAAAAGACUUUCAAAACAGUGGCGACAGAUCAGGUAUUGAUUGUUUUCCCAUUACUUUUGGACGCAAAAGUAAAAUCAAAUCCGACUCAUCGACAACAACACUGUCACCGUCGCAGAUAUCGAGUCAGAUAUUGAGAUCCAUUCAAAUCGAUGGUAUCGGCGAAGCUUCUCAGCUAUCAAAUGGUGUUUUCAAUGUCUGCUUUACCGAUGGCUCGACAUUAAGCUUUCAAAGCGAUUCGGAAGUUCCGGUUAUUUUCUAUCCGACAAAUGGUGUCGAAAAAAGGUAUAGGAAAAAUGAUUUAUUACCCGAUUUUGUUAAACAAAAGUUGGCACUAUUACCGCAAAUUGUUAAUAAAUUAAAAGAGUCUCAACAAUAAUAAUAAUAAUUUUGAUAACAAAUGUAUCUAUUGUGUAAUUUU